AUGGCAGCCUUUUUGGGGGGGCCGGCAGAGGGGUCCCCCUGCAGCACCAGCCUCGGGUGGGCAGGCGAGGGGCCAGGGACCAGCGGCAAGAACCGGCGUGUGUGCCACGCCACAGCACGGCUGGAGAUGGGCAGCCUUUGGGAGGAGUUCAACCGCCUGGGCACCGAGAUGAUCGUCACUAAGGCAGGCAGGAGGAUGUUCCCCACCUUCCAAGUGAAGCUGUCUGGGCUAGACCCACUGGCUGACUACGUCCUGCUCAUGGACUUUGUCCCACUGGAUGACAAGAGAUACAGGUGGGGACACGGCAAUGAGGAUGCUGGGGCGGGUGAGGACAGGUCCCAGCAGCACUGAGCCCCCCUCUGGCCCCCCAGGGACGCNNNNUGGAUGCAGCAGAUCGUCUCGUUCGACAAGCUCAAGCUGACCAACAACCUCCUGGACGACAACGGCCACAUCAUCCUCAACUCCAUGCACCGUUACCAGCCCCGCUUCCACGUCGUCUUUGUGGACCCGCGCCAGGACAGCGAGCGCUUCGCCCACCAGAACUUCAAGUCCUUCAGCUUCCCCGAGACGCAGUUCAUGGCAGUGACGGCUUACCAGAACCACCGGAUCACCCAGCUGAAGAUCGCCAGCAACCCCUUCGCCAAGGGCUUUCGGGACGGUGACCCUGAGCCAUGGUGUGGGGUGCCUGCAGGGUCCCUGCUGGGUGCCAUGCCUCGUGCCCGGGCCACUGCACUGCCCUCCCGCCCCAAGCAGCAAGAGAAAGCUCCCCCUGGCUUCCCCGAGCUGCCCACGCCCCCCUUCCAGCCCCUCACCUGCCCCCCUGGCGUCUAUGUGGGGGCCAAGCCCCGUGCCCUGCCCUACCCCCUGCCCGCCUUCCCCCCACUCAGCACCUAUGGCACCGCCACAGGCCCUGCCUUCAGCUACGGGCAGCAGUGA